CUUUGGGGGGAUUUUGGAGUGUCAAAUGCUGGGCGUUGGUUAAACCUCGGAGACCUGUCAAGUUGUUCGGAUUUUUUAAGAAUUUUUUUGUGCCGGAGCAUUCAUAAAAACAGCUGGCAAGAUUGAGGGAUGGAUUGAAUAUUUGACAAUGGAGCGGAAUAUUGGGGAGAAUAUUUUAAUCGCUGGAAACCUGGUGUCCAAGACUCCUCCAUUAGCUUAUUACAUCCCUAAUUUCAUAACCGAUGAAGAAGAAGCUGAAAUAGUAAAGCAUGUUAACAAUGCCCCUCAACCGAAAUGGACCCAGUUGAGUCACAGAAGACUGCAGAAUUGGGGAGGUAUUCCGCAUCCUAAAGGGAUGAUUGCUGAAGAGAUACCAAGGUGGUUGCAAAAAUACAUUGAUAAAGUCACUUCCCUGGACGUGUUUGACAGAAAAACACUGCCAAAUCAUGUUCUAAUAAACGAGUAUUUACCUGGACAGGGGAUAAUGGGACACUCCGAUGGCCCCCUGUUCCAUCCCAUCGUCACGACCAUCAGCUGUGGAUCCCAUACUUUUCUUGAAUUUACCAGACGUCUGGAUACGAACGAAGAAGACAGAACUAUGAACACUGAAUUCGCAUUCCUAUUGGAACGAAAAAGCCUCCUGAUUCUCCAGGAAGAACUGUACCACAAUUAUCUGCACUCAAUAUCAGAACGCAAAGUCGACGUUGUAUCAGUCGACAAUAUUCGCAAUUUGGAGUUGUGUGCAGCCAAGUACAUGGCCGGUGAAAUACUGGAGCGAAAAACGAGACUAUCAUUGACCAUUCGUCAUGUGCCAAAGACCAGCAAACUCAAGCUCAAAUUUUGAUCAGUUGAUUAUGCAAUGUUCUAGAUUUUAUAUCUUUAAAAAUACACGACAACUCACAUCUGUUA